CACUCCGGCGGCGGCCGACGGAACCGCUAGGCCGUGCGAGGCGAAGCUAUUCGAGCCAGCGCAGUUGCGCGACCGUCUCACGUCAGUUGUGUUCGAGUUGUCGGCGUGGGAGGGGUUGUGAGUUUUCCGCUCGUAAUCUUCCUCGCUACUCUUUCGGCCGGCUCUGGUCUUUCGUAGAACUCCCCCGGUCGCAACUCGAACCAGAUACUCAUUUUUUGGUGUCGGUUUAUUUUGACGCGAAAGCGGUGAUGACUUUGAAUUGGCAGAAGGCUCGUUGUAGCAGGGCCAACAAAACGUUGCCGUACGCGUAUCGCGAUUAAAUGUUCCUUGGAUCAUUGAUCCAACCUUUUAGAAGUUAAACCCAAACAAACUAAAACUGCAUAGAAGUGUAUAAUCGUGUUGUAAUACUUAGUGUCAUAUUUGAGUGUUAUCAUACAUACAUAUACUUCUUCUUGUGUCUGGCUAGUGUUUGUGCGUUAGUUAACUAACUAUUAGUGGAGAUUUUUUUCUCCGAUACUUAUCGUCGUAACUGACUGCCCUAGGUAUUGCACGUAAAUAAGCAUAGAUUCUUUAUCAUGAGCCCAUUUCUUGAAACAUCAGGACCUUGCAUCACUCUGUAGACCAAUCGUAACAUUACAAGUUAUUUUGUUGUGUGUCAUGUUUUUUAUCGGGUGUGUGAAGUGCCGUUGAAUUUUUUUAAAGAAGAACUUGAAGCAAAAAAACAAACCAGAGAAAAUUGUUUUCGGCUCGUCGUAUCUGUUCAUCAGUUUCUGUACAGGCGGCGCUCGGGGCAGGCGCUGCCAUGAGGGCCGCCCGCUGGGUGCUGCUCAGCUGUCUGCUGGUCGCCGCGCACGGCGGCUGUCUGUUCCCCAGCCAGUGGUCGGGCCGCUGGUUCCAGUCCGGGGUGCCGCACCUCAUAGCCAUCAACACCAGCGUGAUGGAGACCAAGGGCCAGUGCGUGGAGAACCUCAACGACAAGUACAUCAUCGAGGACAAAAUGGAUAACUGCCAUCGCUGUCUUGUCAUCUACGAAAAACACCCCAACGUCUUGCAGUACAAAGAAACCUACUGCGACCAGAAGGACAGCCUGGACAGGCUGUGCAGCCUGAUCCCGGGCGACGCCACGCUCAUCUCCAUGUUCCGGUCGGGCGCCGGCGCCACGCAGUGCCCCUUCAAGGGCGGGCCGCCCUACACCUUCAGCUACAACAAGGGCUCUGGCGAGUGCUCGCAGCCGCCCUCCAUCGUCGACUCGUGCACCGACGAGUCGCGGCUGCUGCUGCGCUACCAGGCCUGCCCGGACGUCUACGGCACCGAGAGCACCACCGAGGAGCUGGUGUGCCUGGCUUCGUGGAAGGACGGCAACACGCGCUACCUGGUGGGCAAGAUCUACCACGCCAUGGCGCACAGCGACGAGGACCGCUACCGCUGCUUCGCCUACGAGAAGCACGCCAGCCCCGGCUCCAAGCACGUCGUCUACAACGUGGCGCAGUCGGGCGAUGCCACCUGCAACGGCCUGCUGUCGGCCACCGAGGGCUCGCGCACCAUGAAGCUCGUCGAGGUGGAGAACCACUCGACGCGCUGCCGCUACCCGGCCUGGGUGACGGACCACCACCACUGGCACACGCUCGACCACCGCCACUCCUACCACUUCUCCACCAAGAACGCCACGCUGAAGAUCACGGAGGAGGCGGCGCCGGCGGGCGGCGGCGCGCAGGAGGGCGGCGCCACCGUCGAGAAGCGCGUCGUGUGCCACACCAUGGAGGCGUCCACGGAGCGCCAGGCCAUGCUCGUGGCGCACCUCACCACCGGCUGCCAGAGCGGCUACGUGUGCAUGGUCUUCUACCGCCGAGACUGGCACGUGCUGGAGCUGCAGAUAUCACACCCGUGGACACAGAUACCAGAGGAAGCCUGCAUGCCCCAGAACUUCAACCCAUCGGCUCUGCCCUUCACGACACUCAUAACGGCCACGCCGCGGUCACGGCAGUGCCCGUACCUGGGCCGCUACUCGGUGACGGGGGCAGCGGCGGGGCGGCAGCACCUCGGCGGAGGCGCGGGAGGCGGCCCGCCCCCGGCGGCGGCUCCGGUGCGGGGGGCGGAGGGCGGCGAACCGUGCGGCGAGCGACAGCAGCAGUUCCACACGCUCGCCGUGGGCUGCGCCGCCGCAGACAAGAUGGAGUUCCACUCGGCAUGUGGCGCGGAGCCCGUCUCCACGUACUCCUGCCACGGCAGCUGGGAGGACAACGGCACCAGCUACCUGAUCGUGUCGCCGUCCAGCCGCAAGUCUGUGGGAGCGCGGCGGUACUGCUUCAUCUACACGGAGGCUGGGGUGGCGGGGGCAGACGAGCGCAUCCCAGCGCUGCAGGUGACCAGCGUCACUGAGUCCUGCCACCGAAACGCACCCCCGUCGCGCCUCGCAUGGACCUUCAACCUCACCGCCUACGGUCAAUGCAGCGAGUCCUCGGCGGAGCGGACUCUCGUCCCGUCCCUGCAACUGCUGUUGGCCGUGGUCGCGCGGCUCGCAGCGCUCCACUCCAGAUGAUGGUAGACGCCAUCCCAUCACGCACGCCGGCUCAAACCAGAGUUCUCUAGGCAAUUGUUGGAAGGGUAACGCGGGGCAUGCGGGCGGCGCGUGAGGGGAGGGGCGAUGUGUUUCCCUCCCCCCCUCCUCCCCUCUUGGCGACACGCAAUCGAGUGCAUUCCGUUCCUGAACCGUCGUUAACUGUUUUACGUGAAGGACCGCAGACUGAGUGUGGAUGUAGACGGGUUUUGUCUGUGAAAUGAAACCACUAUGCAAACUAAACUUUAAAAAUUAAAAGUAACUACGAACCAAAAGGGAACUAUAAGUGCCUACCUUGUAAAAAACUUUGGUAGUAAAAAAAAUUGAUGUGCUACCCCCUGAUAUAAAAAAUAUUAAGUGAGCAUAUUGCACUGUUAUUUCUGUUGGGUGGACAAUUUUUCUCUUGAUGUAAAGUGAAGGUCAUGAAUUUUGUUUCUGAACUAUGCAAGUUAGUUCUUGGGAGAAAAAAUAAAAAAUAAAUCUGAAGAUUUAAAUGAUGGCAAAAUUUUGAAGUGUAGUGUGGGGUGUAGGUAAAUUUGAAAGCUUCACAUUUAAAACACUGUAAUGUAUACGAAAGAAAAUUAACCAUUUGACAUUUGCUUUCAAUGUAAAAUCACAAUUCUCUGGGAAGAAAAAAAAAAAUAAUAAUUUCACUAAAGCUCUUCAAACUUUUUUUUUUGCACUGUAAAAAUUAUAAUGAUGUUUGCUACUUUUGUGGGAACAAAUCAGCAUAGUGCUGAAAUUAGCCAAAAUCAUUGUACAUUUAUAUGUGUACAUUUAAAUUUUUUUCCUUAAAUAACUUUUUUUAAUUGUUGCCAAUGAAAUAUUUUAGACAUUGUUAAUAAAAAUAGUGAAACAUUAUCUUCUUAUUUACUAAUUUAUGUAGCAUGCUAGUUGAUACUGUGCACAUAAAUUUGUCAAUCAGCCAGUAACUAAUUAUUGUUGUAUGUUUCAAGAGAAUUUUGUUUUUGACAAAAUUGAAAUGACUAAAAACGGGAUUGUCACUGUCAGAUGAUUAUCGUUUACAGAAGGAAUUAUCUUUUUCAAAUUUACUAUUAUUUUUCUACUUAGCAAUGCUGGUAUUUCAUAAUUUUGAUUCACUAGCUGUACCUGCAACAUCACUCUGUAAUUCAGGAUAACGAGGCCAAUAUUGCAAAAAAUGGAGUGAGAAGUCACAAAAGAAUUUUAAAAAGAUUCUUUAUGCACGCUUAACUUAACACAUCACCUAAAUAUAGUGAAGUGUACAGUACUGCACAUAGUCAAACUCACUUCUGUGUGAGCUAUUGCUUUCUAAACCUAAACUCACCGAAUCAUUGCCUGUUUUACUUUUGUCUAAAACUUAUCUUACUUUUCACAUUAAAAAUUUUAAUUUAAUAAUGGAAAAACUUAUGGUCGUUGCAGAUGUACACAAACACAUAGUUGAACAUUUCUCAUUAUACUCUUUCAGGUAUCACGAGAUCAACAAAUGUUUACACUUUCGAAAAGGUAGCUACUGAGCAUCCACACAGCUUUGUUUUUUUAGGUGACUUAGGAAGAAUCUGGAAUCUGAUCAACUAGUCUCUCUAAGUUUUAACCAACCAUGAGAAUUUUUUUUUUUUCUUUUCCAAAAGAUACCGUUUAUCUGAAAGGAGUAUUUGAUUGCAUUAAGUAACACAAUAUAGUAUAAAUGCACAACUUUUACAUGAUUCUGACAUGUUUUCGCUCUUUGAACAACGUAUUUAAUAAUCCACAUUCUAAAUUGUAUAGAUUUCUUUUGAACACAGCUGGACAAAGGUGAAUGAGCACUGGAUUUCAAACUUUUCAAUUUGGUUGGAUAUUAAAAUUUCACUCUCAAUUGCCCAAAGAAGUAAAACUUCAAAAAGGGCAACCUAAAACUAUAUUUUAAACACUGCAUGAUUUUACAGUAAAUUAUCUAUUAUUGAUUAAUUAGUUAGUUAAUGUAGUAAAUUCCAGUAGCACUAACAACCAAAUUACAAAGGAAUUUCGUAAGUGUUGAAAAUAAAACUGUCAGAACUCAUGCCAAACUGCAAACGUAAUAUGAAGAAUUAAGUCAGGAAUCACAGUCAUUUUAAUAAUUAUAUGUUUUGAAUGCAAAAUACUCAAAAACUACAUACAGUGUUUGCGCUUUUUAAGUACAUAAUUAACAGUGGCUAAACAUAAUGAAUUACACAUUGUGCACUUGAUGAAAAUGAUGCCUACACUAAUUUCAUAACUUUUCAUUUUGAUAAGUGUUCUGUAAAUUAUUAAUGAACUUAUGGCGUCAAAUAUCAGUACAUUGUAUGUUUGAUUUAUUUGGAUGAAUAUUUUUAAAGUGCUAUACAAGGGCAUAUCCAGUUCAAAACAUAAAGAUAGUGUUUAGAAAUUCAACCUCUUUCAUGGGGAGGAGGGUCCAUGGUGAGAUACAAUAAUAAACAGUAACAGAAGGAAUACCAUCAUUUACUAAAAAAAUUACAAGUGAGUGCUUUCUGCAAGCAAAUUAUUAACUGAUUGUGAUAAAAAAUGUCACAAAUGUUAUACACCAUACUUUUAUUACUACCAUACGGCUAAACUUCAUCUAAAUGCAAUGGGUAGUCUUGUGAGAUGCUGUGACAGAUUAGGAGACAAACAAGCAUACAAACUCUUUAUCACUUAUUCAGUUGCCUAGAUAUUUCUACCCAUAUUUUUCUUCCUGCCUGAUUAAUUUCAGAGAUAUGAUUUCUUACUAUAAACCCAAACUUACCCCUUUUCACUUCAUUAGGAGUGACAUUUUGUAAAUAUGUACAGCCUAUAUGUUAACCAGUAGUUGGGGUAUCUCGGUUCCAAAUUUUGUAUCAAAAUCCAUGGAACAGGUUUUGCAUGAUAAUUAAAAAAUUAACAGAUGAAAAUUUGAAAAUUUUUGGUUGCUGUGCCAAUUUUGUUUUCACCUAUUAUUUUUUUUCUUUUCUUUUUCCAAAAUACUGUUAAUACAGUACAGACACAACUCUAUUCAGAUUUAUUAUAAGUAUAGAUAAAGACAGACAAUGUUACGAACUAUCUUAAUGCUGAAUAACUCUACUAAGGCAUUGUAGCAUACUGUCACUAUGUUGUCUUUUGUUACAACUAUUUUUACUGACCUACUCACUUUUAAAUUUGAUAGUCUCAACGAUUGUAUAUUUAAAACUCACAAUCCAUUUUCUAAACAUUUCAUAAUUUUUUAAUGUUUUAAUACAAAGAAAACAUUUAUUGCACAACUGCACCUGAUAAUUCAAUAAAAUCUCUUUAAACCAGCUUUAUUGCUUGCCAUCAUGAAUGGUGAAAGAACGCCCUCACUUUGGCAGAGACAUAAACCAAUAGCAACACUAUUCUCAUUGUCCACUUAAUUUGUUGUAAUGUUAUUAUGCAAGGUAAUAUAUUGCAAAAAAAAUUCUGUAGUGUCAAAAGUGUACGAUACAAUAUUUUUUUAAUUAUGUAGUAGAUAGGUUUGUCUCAUAUAAUAUUUGCUAAAAAUUUAUCAUGAUUCAAGUAUGAAAUUAUUUACACUUCCAGUCUUUUACAUUCUCUCACAUUCUUAAAGGUUCUUCAUUAGCCUUUAUUUUUAUAAAAAAAAAAAUUUACAUUCUUCUGCAGAAACAGAAAAUUGUUGAGGGUUUUUAUGGAAUGCACUGUUGCAAUUGUGCAUAAAGGUCUCGAAUUUAGACAAAAUGGCUCUAAACGAAAAAUGUCAUAUACUUAAAUAAUCACAUUAUUGUAAAUUGUAAAAUGUGUUUAAACUAUCUGACAGUUGGCAAUCCUGUACCUUGCUUGCAGUUGACAACUUUCGAAGUACACAGCCAGACAACCUUCUAAUUAAAAUGUUUAUAAGGUGUCUAACACUCUUAAAAUCAUUUAGUUUAGUAAUGAUGCAUCCAGGGAUGGAACUAAGCUUUAUUGCAGCCGGGACAUAAAUUGUGUUUAGGGCUCCCCCCAACACCAAGAGAAAUAAACAUACCAUGCGUAAAGUUUUUACAUCCGUUUAUGAUAUAUGUACAAUUUUAAGUUAAUUAGAUAAUACUCAAUAUUGUUUUUUUCUGUAUAUUUUAUUUCACACCUUUUUUAAUCUACAAAAAACAGUUUUCGACCCAUCCUGCACCCCCUCUAACCCGGCACCCGGGGCAGGGUACACCCUCUAUAUCCGACUCUGGAUACGGAGGAGCUCCAAGCAGUACAUUCCUCUCCUUAGAUAUGUGAGCUAAUAGCAGAUAGCUGGAGAUGCGAGUGAACAAAUCGAACACUAUUUUCGUGGAAUGAAAUAUGAUGUUACUUCCAGGAAAUGAAGUAUGAGUCAAAUCGAGUGCUAAACAAAUAUAUAUUUUUAUUUUUACAAUAUGAACUAAUGUCAAUAAGAAAACAUAAUAUUAAUAAUUAGGCUUGUACAACACACAUAAUAUAAAAACUUGACUUGUAGUUGGUGUGGUAUAGUGUUUGUUGUUGGACUAACUCUUACUAUAAAGCAGGAUGAUAAAACCAGAUGCAGAACACAAAAACAUAACUUAAAGUGACUUCUAUAUCUAUUUAAUAAUAUAUUUAUUGAUAUUGAAUAUUUAUCUGAUGUAUUACAAUUAGCAGAUAACUUGUCAAAUUAAUAUGGUGCAAAAUUAUAAACAAAAAUACUCUCCAAUGCUUAUACAGUAAAACAUGCACAAAAUAGCAAUAAAAUGAAGGAAUGAAAAAAAAACUGCAACCCAACAGGGACUGUGAAUCAAAGCCUUAAAAGAGUGGACAACUCGAAUCCAGAAGCAUUUUUCUGGAAAUGCUCCAAAAGUGUCCAGUUAGCAUGCAGAUGCAAAAUCAAACAUUUCUUUUCACAAACAGUUUAGGUACAAAUUAUGUUUAGUUAACAGUCCGGCUUUCUUUGGUUGGGCAUGUUCAGUAGUCCCGCAUUAACUGAGCUGCUUGCAUUCAGAUUUGUUUGAGUCAAUUAAGGAAUUUUCAAACCUUGAGUGUCAGCUAUAAUUCUUCAGAACUCAUCAAUUUGUGCAUAACAGUAUUAUUUUUUGAAGAAAAGAUCUGAACACAGCUGCAAUCAGACAUCAGAAAAUUUUUAAAACAAUAAGGAUUUAUUCUUGCCAUAGAGCAGAUAAUUAAAAUUGGUUUUAAACAUCAUUGUACUGUAUACUAGUUUUCUUAGGUAUUUACGUUGAAAUAACAUUGAUGUUCACUAAUCUAGCAUGGCCAUUGACCAGAAUGUGCUAUAUUAAAGAACCUUUACUUUGAUUGGUUUUUCACACUAAAUAUCCCACCUGGGGUCUGAAACUUCUUGCACCAGACUGCAUAUUUGGCAUCAUUUCAUUUCUGAAUACAAUCGGUGAGACUGAAACUCCUUCGCUGCCUCCGAACGCUCAUCUCAGCUCCAGCAAAGAUCAUUAAGGAAAACUACACAUGUUUCUGGCUGUGACUCCGUCAAGGUUGUCAUGAACAGAUCUGUUGGAAUUUCACGAGUUCGUUUUAUGGUAAUGCUAGACUUACAAGUUGUAUGUGCAUUCUAGACUUUGUCUUUUAUUGAAUCACUGAAAUCACAUGAUACCACAUUUUUUUUCAAAUGGACAGUGUUUUGAUAUGCUUGAUACACUCAUUAUGUUGCAGAUUGUUAAUAAAUGGGUCAGUCUUCCAGAUCAUGUAAAAAAAAAUACUUUCCUAAUUCUUAAACCAUAUUGAGAAGAAUAUAUGAAUACUUCAAGUUUCUGAUAACAUCACAUUGACUCGUGAAAUUCCCCCACGUCUAACAACAGAAUGCUGCGAUUCUGAAUGGUUUCACUUUGGCUGAUUCGAAAAUGUUUAGUCUCAGUAAACUAACCGGCUUUAAGUUGAAGCAUGUGUAGAGCAUAACUGAUUUAAUGAUCUAGGCCAUAGAUGGCGAACCUUAAUUGGUGAACGUGCCAUUUUUUAUAGAAAAGAAAGGUUAUGACGUGUUAUCAAAGAAUCUUGACCUAGUGAUAAUAAUAAUAAUAAUAGACAGAAAUAAAACUAGAGGCUAUUAACUUAAAAAUUCUUUAUUUGCAACUCAAAAUUUAUACAGCAAUCAAAAUGUUUACUGAUUCAUGUUUAUUUAAAUAAAAGAAAAGAUUAGUGUGAUUUCUGCUGUUGCAAAUUAAAUGCUAAAUAUCUUAUAUUAAGCUCAUACUUUGUUACUUUAGCAAUCAAGUACAAGAUUCUUUGAUUAUUGGCUUGCCUGAAUAAUUUUGUCGUGUGACAUCACUGGCAUUGGUUCGCCAUCCAUGAUCUUGGCUAACAGGCUCUUGAAAAUGAAAUUUUUAUCAUUAUUAAUUUAUUAUUAUUAUUAUUAAGUCAGCUGUGAUACUGUAAUGAAGACUUAUUAAUUUUUGUGAAGAUUGUCAUUAAAUAAUGUAAUAACUUUGCUAUUAUUUUAACUUCAGACCAUAACAGUUUAAUGUAAAUAAAAAUUUUUUUUCAGUAUUAUAGAGCUUUUUUUAUUGUGGUAAAGAGAGUAAUAGAUACUUCCUAUUGCUGAUUGCGAUUGGCCUAAAAAAUGUACACUACUGUGAAUCACUAUCCAGAUGUGCACGAACGUCGCGGUACAAGUUUCCGAGAUAAUGCCGCUCAAUUCACCCCUUCCCCGCCCCUACAUUCUCCUUCCUGGUUACCUGUUGGAUGCGACUGUUAAGGUGAUUUCAAUAUGUUUGAUAUAAAAACUAUUAAGAAACUUUUAAUUACUAUCACGGCUAGCAUUGAAAGAGUAAAACAUGCCUCACGAGGCAUUUGCUUUGCAAGUGUGUGCGUGUGUGUGUUUUUUGUAAUGGGAUAUUCUAAUGUGUAAAUAAAGUGUAGAUGGGACGAAUACUACAGGGAGAAAUAAAAAAUCAAAUGGUUCAUACUCCACAUUGGAGAGAGAGAGAGGGAGAGAUUCCACGAUGCUGAAAUAUUUCUGGAAUGUUCGUUAACUCAUGGAAUUAUUGUGUUUUCUGUUUUGAGAAAUGUUGCUAAUCCUUUUUUUUUAAUUACUCAGCUUGCUGUAAAUGCUCAAAAUGGAUCGGUACGUCGUGAAAUUAUUUCUCGAAAUAAAAUGGCUGACUGGCUGGUUUCUUUGAUUGCCCCCGACUGUAAAUUUGCUGUGGCUCAAAAAUAAUAGCUGAUAGUCAUGCAUGAAAUUAGUUGAAAAGAAGCACUGUUUUGCACAUACCAAAGAAGGGGAUAAAAUUCACAACAGCAUUUUUAGCUGAUUCUCAUGUUUUAAUAUUGCAUCUACUUAUUCUUUGCUUGUUAAUGUUAUCUGUGCGUGGUUUCAUAGAUCAUGAAAUCACCUGGGCCUGAACAUAAAUCAUUUCUUUAUAGCAAACAUUAUUUGCUGUUCCCAUUUUGAGCAUUGUUCUAAGUAUAAAAAAUACCAAAUGUUGUGUGGUUAUAAAAUAUUUUUCCUUGCAUUGAGGCAUCAUUUUUUCGUGAUUGCAGUGGUAUUUGUAUUUUACACUCAUUGAAUUUUACUCAAUAUAUUCCACUACUUGUUUAUAGGUGAAUAAAAAAUCUUUUUAAGGUUUGUGGUAUUAUUGUAUCCAUCUCUAUUCUUUGUUGUUGCUUAUAUAUAGUAUGUAAUUUUUUAAAAAUCAUAUAAAUAUGUAUAAUAAAUGUGCAUCACUAUAUUUACAAAUAUACUUUUGUUUAUUACAGUGUUUAUGAGUGUAACCAUUUAUCCUUUAAUCUUUUAUAUUUUUUUGCCUUCAUAUAAUUUUUUUACAGAAUGCACAGACAUACAUUGCCAUUCAUGACAGAUAGCAGCUGUAUACUAGAGAUGAACCAUUUGAAUCCUUAAACCCUCAAACUCCAUUGAAUCUCUAGUAUUUGCAAAAUUUAAGAUUCUAAGAAGAUUAUACAAAAAAAUAUAUUAUGGAGGAAAUUAAGUAAAUUAAACAUUCAACAUUGACAACUAUAAAGUUCACUAGUCCCUUUGUGUUGUACAUUGUACAAUCCUAUUACCAAAUCCUCAGAUAUUUUACUUUUAAUAUGUACUUAUGUAAAUAAUACUAUGGUAUGUAUUGAUUCUGGAAACUUAGUUUGUGAAACAAAAAUUUAAAGGUCAAAUGUUUGAACACUGUUGUACAUCUGCCUUGCUCGUGAUGGUUGGCAUCACUGAUAACAGGUGAAUGUCAGUUCCGGUUAUGGCGCCUGUAUAUGUACCACGGUAAACGGACAAUAAAGAAUAUUAAGUGCUAA